GAGGGGCUUCUGGCAGUGCUUGCGUUGCUGUUAACACUGUGUGAUUGCUGCUUUGGCUCUGUACAGAGAGAAUGGCGCAAUUUCCCUAUUUGACUGCCACCUUGUCAAGUUUUUUACUUAUUUUCAUUUUAAUGUGUGGGGCGGUGUGGCAAGUGGAGAUCUGCUCAGCCACGUCUGACACCCCGCGCGGUGUGGCCGUGGGCUUCAUUUUUGACCCGAAGGCUGUCUGUGACCCACCCUGUAGACACGCAGGCAUCUGCAUCCGAAACAACACAUGCUUUUGCUCCAAGGGGUACGAAGGAAGCACCUGCCAGUAUGCCAGUUGUCAUCCAAAGUGUAAAAAUGGUGGGGAGUGUAUACGUCCAGGCAAGUGCAGAUGUCCACAGGGCUUUGGAGGGAAAUUCUGUCACAAAGUGUUGUGUGAAGGGGGCUGCUGGAAUGGUGGAGAGUGCAUCGCUGUGAACGGCAUCACCAAGUGCAUGUGCCCCUCAAGCUGGACUGGAGCCAGGUGCCAUGAAGCAAUUUGUCCGCAGGGCUGUAGAAAUGGGGGGGUCUGCAUGGCCCCAGGGAUUUGCAGCUGUCCUGAGGGCUGGGUUGGCGGCGGCUGUCAAACAGCGGUAUGCAGGGAGCAGUGUCUCAAUGGAGGGAAAUGCAUUGCCCCGGAAACAUGUCGCUGCCGGGCGCCAUAUUCUGGACCACAAUGUUCUGAUAAGAAGGCAAAUUAAUUUCCAUAUACUGUAAGUGCACAGGUACAACCAGAGCCAUGGAAGUAAGAGUUUUUUGUUGUUUUCACCUCUGUUUCCUCCGCCCGCUGGUCUGACUGGCACCGUACGACCAGCGAGCGGAGGACAGAGGGGAAAACAGGCAGCUUCACUGGGCAGGCCAGACUGGAUCUAUGGCUCUGGGUACAAUGUGCCUCUGCACAGGACUACCAGUCUAUCAUGAAAGUAAAAUAAACUUUGAUUAACUAUUUGCCCUCUCUUAAUCAUGAACGUUCUUAAACUUUAAUUAUGCCAUUUUAAUGUCUUUUUUUAAUUGAAAACCUGAUCAACAAGUUUUAGUACAUGCUGACAUGUUAAA